GUCAACCACUAUUGACAACUGUCAAAAUGACAUUUAAUGAAAAUUGACUUUUUACUGUUCUUUUCCGGUAAAAUCUUUCACCAUGGGUCGUGUAAGAACCAAGACUAUCAAGAAGGCCGCCAAGGUCAUCAUUGAGAAAUACUACACCCGCUUGACAUCGGAUUUCCAUACCAACAAGCGCAUUUGUGAGGAAGUUGCCAUUAUCCCCACCAAGCCCUUGAGAAACAAGAUUGCCGGUUAUGUUACCCAUUUGAUGGGCCGUCUCCGCCACUCUCAAGUGCGUGGUAUUUCCAUCAAAUUGCAAGAAGAAGAACGUGAACGUCGUGAUAACUACGUUCCUGCUGUCUCUGCUUUGGAACAAGAUAUCAUUGAAGUCGAUCCCGAUACCAAGGAGAUGUUGAAGAUGUUGGACUUCCACAACAUUCGUGGUCUUCAAUUGACCCAACCCUCAACCAACACUUACUCUCGCAGAAAUUAGAUCUUAAGUUCACGUUCAAGCUGGAGUGCAAAAUGAUUUCCCUGUUUUUUUAGGGAAAUGAUUUUUUUUGAUUUUCAAUAAAAAAACAAAAAAUGUGGAAAAAAACAA